UUGCAGAAUGUGAUUCACCGUGAUGUCAAGCCAUCAAACAUUCUCCUUGAUUGGAAUGGCGUGAUUAAAUUGUGCGACUUCGGAAUUAGCGGGUUUCUUAUCGAAAGUCGAGCGAGAUCAAAACUCGCAGGCUGUCCACCUUACAUGGCUCCGGAAAGAGUACGCUCCACGGUAGGACAUUUUUUUGAAUUCUCAGUCGUAAACUCUUCACUGUCAUAUUUUCAGGAAAAUACUCCGUAUGACAUUCGUAGUGAUGUAUGGUCUCUAGGAAUAACCCUCGUAGAGCUUGCAACUGGCCGCUUUCCCUACGAGGGAAGUGACUUCCAAAUAAUUACCUCUAUUCUCGAAUUGCCAAGUCCUUCGCUUAGAGUUUCGGAUGGUUUUUCUGAAGAAUUCUGCGCUUUGGUUGACCUAUGUUUGAGAAGGGAUGUCGAAGAAAGGCCCCGAUACGCUACAAUUCUCUUCGCAGUACAAUCCAUUCAUCGAAUUAAGCGUCAUCGCUUCAUUGUGAAGAACGAGCUUGCCGACACGGAUGUUUCGGAAUGGUUUGGAAGCAUCAUGACCUGA